AUGUUCAAGGAGUAUUUUUAUGAUGUGAAUGAAAUGGAAAGCUCUUCAAAAAUAUAGAAAAAUGCUGAGAAGUAUAUUGUAAAGCACUUGAAUCAUGUAGUAGCAGAUAUGGAUAUCAAAUUUUGUAAUGAUUUGAGUCUGAACAAAUUAUUAAGAAAUGUUGGUGAAAAGUAAAUACUCAAGGAAGAUUGCGAAUAUAUAUGGACUAGAUAUCAUAUUUAAAGAUAUCUCAAUAAACAUACAAUUUUUAGGGAUGAGGAAGUGAUUGAAUUCAAGGAAAUAUAGGAAUUGCCUUAGAAGAAGAAAUCAGUUCGAUUUGAGGAGGAAUAAGCCUAAUUAUAAUAGGUCAAUUAGUUUAACAUCUUGAAGGAUCGAGUAAGAACUGGAGGCAUAGACAAAGAGAAAAGAGAUAGGGAGAGGGCAGAAAUGGAAUUAAAGUUAUUUGAAAAUAUUGAUAGGAUUAAAGAGAUAAGUGAUAUUGAUUCAUUUAAGCCACUAAAAUAUAUUGUUUAAUUUGAUGAAAAAGGCAAUAUUAUGCUUGACAAUGCUGAGUUGAAGGAUGAAGACGUUGAAAAACUGUAGGGCAAACAAUAACAAAACAUUUCCUUUGAAGAGUUUGCAGAGGAUGAAGUGGCCAUUAAGUAAGUCGAUGUGAAGAAGUUUAAUUAAAAGAAAUCAAGUAGUGAGUCAAGUGAAGAUCAGGAAAGUGACUCCGAGGAUUCUGAAGAUGACUAUUUAAUGCAAUAAAGAAAUCUUAUUAAGAGAGCAUGA